GUCAUCAUCUAGAUUUGAGCUUUAUACAAGACAAGCUGAGCACGACACGAUGAGCACGACACGCCAUGGUUGGUACGCAGUUCUCUCUCUGCAUGUCUGUUGGUUGCUAUGGACUGGCCUUCUUAAAGGACUAGGAGUGAUGUUGCCAACUCUUCAGGAGCAAUUCAGAUCACAUACCUGGCUGGUUGGAUGGAUGGUGGCUAUCAUCAGUGGCGUCAUCAAUUUUAUAGGACCUCUUGCUGGACCACUGGAGUGUAUGUUUGGCACUCGAGCUGUAGUUGCAAUCGGCGGAUUUUUAUUGGGAGUGUCCAUGAUCGUCGCUUCGUCUACAACCAGUCUGGGACAGUUAACAUUAAUCUUAACACUUGUCGCAGCGCCUGGCUUGAGUUUUGCCAAUGUUCUGACCAGAGCAUUGGUUGGUCGUUGCUACACAUCAAACUACGCCACGGCUAACGGCAUCGGAACAUCAGGACACGCUGUUGGUAUGAUCGUGAUGGCGCCCUUAACGCAACUCUUGCUAGACACAUACGGUUGGAGAGGUGCUAUAAUGGUACUAGGGGCGUUGAGUCUACAUCUUGGUGUGUGUGGUUUAUUAAUUUGUGAAACAAGGGAUACAGAGAAAGAUAACAAUACCUAUCAACCGAUUAGAGGCAUCUACGAGGAUUUAUCUCACAAAGAUUCCACCCAACAUUCGUUAUUCCAUUCAUUCAAAGAUGCCAUCCUGUCUCUGAGUAGAUAUUUUGGAGUAUCGGUCUUCUUGCAAGGCUCCUUCUGGAUUGCCGCAGUCAUUUUUGUAAUUGCUCGCUUACCAUGUGACCUGUGGCUUAUCUACUUCGUGGCUUUAGCCCAAGCUAAAGGUUUCCCUGCCUACGAUGCAGUGACUUUCACCUCAGUGGCUGGAGUGGGAAGCAUCGUUAUCUCAGUCUUUCUUGGUUAUGUGGUAGACAGGGGGUUUGUGAAGCUGCGAAUGGCGUUAUUACUAACCAUCAUCUUAGAUUCUGUGACACUGCUUGUCAUUCCUUGGAUGAAUUCCUAUUGGCUGAUGAUGGCUAAUGCAUUUGUCUGUCUUGGUGCGCAUGGAACCACAAUCUCAUUCUCUGACGUGUACAUCCGGGAAAUGGUAGGAACGAAACACCUCAUUCACGCUUUCAGCUGGACUGAGUUGAUGUCCGCCAUUUUUACAAUAUCUUUGGGAUUCGUUCCGGGUUGGAUUUACGACCAGACUGGGAGCUACGACCUUGCAUUCGUCAUCUUGGGAUGUAUAUCAGCUCUGCCGUUGGCGGCGCUAUUUAUUGAAUGGGGACUAAUGCAUUGGACAUCGUCCUCAAGAUGACACCCCACAUAUAGAGCUAUUCUUUGGGACAGGCAUUUUACAAUGACCUCAUCCAUCAGGCCUAUGGUUGAAGACAAGUAAAUUAUUAAAUGCUUUUUCGGUUGAUUUUAUUGGCUUCUAGAACGCCUUUUAAUCCAUCCGAGUCGAUGCUUUCUUAGAGAUACAAGAAACGUCAAUAUUUAUGCGCUCUUUUGUAUAUGUACAGACUA